GCUUUGUAUCAAACUUGUCUCGGAAAGAAGUAUAUCAGUUAAUUUUGCACCUGGUUUCAGAAAACAAGUGACCUCAUACAUGGGCCCAGUCAAAUUUUGCAAUAUUCUUUGAGUACCUCUCCCUUGCUCAUCCGCAAUAAUCACGACCCUUUCUCUUGAUUUAAGCUUCAGUAGGUCCUCUUUCUGGAUUUUGCCCUCAACUACUCUCUUAGGAUUAUUUGGAAUUGCUCUCUUGAAUUCUCUCUCUAACAAUAUGAAACAAAUAUAUAAUUAUUAGUUAUAUCCCUAGAUAUCCGAUAAUACGUUACAUUUGGGGUAAUAACAUCGCAAAAUCUACGUUAUCAAGCGACCACGAGCGCGAGCGCAGCCGAUAACAAAUGCAUCAGUGAGCUGUUAGCAAAAGGUCGCUUAGCGAACAAGUGAAACAGAGCAGGCAAUAGAUAGUAGACGUAUCGGAUAGAUCAAGCGGUGUGACAAAGGCAGGCGUAUGUUUGUUAAGUGCGCUCGAAAUGCGAAUGUAAUGAAUCGCAAACCGGUAGCAAAGACAAUAGCGAGACAGCCGGGUGCCGGCAGAGCCAGGGGAUGGCAACAUUUGGCACGAAAUGCAUUUAACACUGUAUGAGUAAUUAAUGACGUUAUUAGGAAAAAAAAAGAUUUCUGUAGAUCUGCUUCACAGGAGAUAAUCUUAACUGGAGAUGUAUCAUUUUUUCUGAUAUGAAUUUUGCCAAAUUUCACCCAAACAUAUGAAUACUUCCUUUCCGCCGCCAGUUGUUUUUGUUAGCAAUGCCUUGGAUUGGGCGUUAAGGUGAUCAUUCAGAUAUAUUCUUUUAUCGCAGUCGGUAAAUCCAAUGUCAGCAUCAGUGUUUUUUUUAUAUUUACGUGCUGCAGCUAAAAAAUCCUCCUUUACGUACCUAUUCAUAAAGCUUACUAUGAUUAGUUUCUCCUUCGAAUUGUAUAUCAGCACUCUAUACAGAUAAUUUAUCUGAUUUUUUGCAAAGCUAUGAUCGAUCUUUUUACUAAUGGACUCGACAAUGCUGAAUAAAUUCUCUGUGAUACGUAUUGGAACGCCUUUGAUUUCUAUAUUAUUCUGCCGGGACCGCUGGUCAUUUUCAGACAACUGACGCCUAAAUGUUGCAACUUCAUUUUGAAGGGCACGUUACCUUAAGGAGGCCAUACACGCUACGGUCUACCGGAGAGGUAAUCUGUGCAGGUAUGCCUGCGUAGGUCAACCGAACAAUGGUAGCGUGUAUGGGGACGUUCCGGUGUAUCGGAGCGGUCUUCAGUUCUCUUUGCGAUGGCAUCGAAUAUGGACGAUGACACGCUGGCGUUGCUAGGUCUUGCUUUAAUUUUGAAGAAAAAUGAUACGAAAAACAAGCGAAGAAAGUGGUGUAAGCAUUGGUUAUUGAAAAGGAAAACAUGUAGUCAUGUUAAUUUAAUAAAUGAAUUGAAAUUUGAACCAGAAGAUUUUAAAAACUAUCUUCGAAUGGACGAGAAAACAUACCUUAAACUACUUGAAAUGGUAACUCCUAUGAUAAAAAAAGAAGACACAGUUAUUAGAAAUAGUAUUUCUGCGCACGAAAGAUUAUCAGUUACAUUGAGAUUUCUCGCAACUGGCAGAAGUUAUGAGGACCUAAAGUUUUCAACAAUUAUUUCGCCUCAGGCACUUGGUAAAAUUAAUCCUGAAAUAUGUGAGGCUUUGUAUAAAGUACUUAGAAGAGAUUAUUUGAAGUUUCCUACAUCUGAAGAAGAGUGGAAGGAAAUAGCAAAGAUGUAUGAAGAUCGAUGGAACUUUCCUCAUUAUCUUGGUGCAAUAGAUGGAAAGCACAUAGCGAUUGUUCCACCGGCUAAUAGUGGAUCGUAUUUUUAUAAUUAUAAAGGGCAACAUAGCGUAGUUCUUAUGGCAAUUGUUAAUGCAAAAUACCAAUUUAUGUAUAUAGACAUUGGCAUGAAUGGCAGAAUAUCCGAUGGAGAGGUUCUACAAAACACUAAAUUUUUUGAAAAAUUAGAAAAUAGUGAUUUACGUAUUCCAAGCAGUGAAUUGUUAACAGGAAGCAACCGAAAUUACCCAAUUGUAUUUGUGGCAGAUGACGCGUUCCCAUUACGCCCCGAUAUGAUAAAACCGUUUCGGCAGGCAGAUUUAACAUCGCAAGAAAGAAAAAUUCUGAAUUACAGAUUAUCUCGUGCGAGGCGGACUGUUGAAAACGCUUUCGGGAUAAUGGCAUCACGAUUUCGGAUAUUUUAUACUCAUAUAAAUUUAGAACCCGAAAAUACCGAUAAAGUAGUGAAAGCAUCUUGUGUAUUACAUAACUUUUUAAUUGAACACUCAAAAAAGUCUUAUGCACCUCAAAAAUCUUUUUAUCGAGAAAACUCUGAAAACGAAAAAAAAAACACACAGAUGGGCGGCGGCUAUUGAAAGCAAGGGGGAAGGCCUGGCAGUUGGUCUGGAUAUAGCGAAGGCCUUUGAUCGUGUAUGGCACAAGGCGCUCCUCGCAAAACUUCCAUCAUUUGGGCUUCCCGAGAGCUUAUGCAAGUGGACCUCCAGCUUCCUUACUGGGCGCAGCAUACAGGUCGUUAUCGACGGUUAUUGCUCGAAUCCCAAGCCCGUGAACGCUGGAGUGCCCCAAGGCUGUGUGCUAUCUCCCACGCUGUUUCUUCUGCAUAUCAAUGAUAUGUUGGACACCGCCAACAUGCAUUGCUAUGCAGACGACAGCACUGGUGAUGCCGUAUACACGGGCCAUGCAGGCCUCUCUCGGGAAAACGUC